AUUACAGCGCAGUUGUGUUAAUCGUUGUCUCACCAGCAACCACCGGCUGCUAGGUAGUUUAGCAUCAAGCUGGCUAAGAAGCUAACCCACAGAAACACAGUCAUAUCUGUUUACUCUCUUUGGUUAUGUUUUUCGCUUGAAUUUACUUAAGUUACCAGUCGUCUAAGUGACUAAAUCGAAGGCCCGGUCGAAGAUGCAGUUCAUGCUGUUGUUCAGCCGGCAGGGAAAGCUGCGGUUACAGAAAUGGUAUGUGCCUCUGUCUGAUAAGGAGAGGAAGAAGAUCUCCAGAGACCUGGUCCAGACCAUACUGGCCAGGAAGCCCAAGAUGUGCAGCUUCUUGGAGUGGAGGGACCUCAAGAUUGUGUACAAGAGAUAUGCAAGCCUGUAUUUCUGCUGUGCAGUAGAGGAUCAGGAUAAUGAGCUGAUCACCCUGGAGAUCAUCCAUAGAUAUGUGGAGCUGCUGGACAAAUAUUUUGGCAGUGUGUGCGAGUUGGACAUUAUCUUCAACUUUGAGAAGGCCUACUUUAUCCUGGAUGAGUUCCUGCUGGGCGGAGAGGCCCAGGAGACGUCCAAGAAGAAUGUGCUGAAGGCCAUCGAGCAGGCUGACCUGCUGCAGGAGGAGGCCGAGGCACCACGGAGCGUUUUAGAAGAAAUUGGGCUGACAUAAAUCCUCAUGCUGCUGCUGUUCUUUCUCCCAGAUGCAGAUCUGGCAACCUCCAUGUCUCUAUCCCGCCUUCUCCUGUUCAUUGUCUGUGUUGUACGUGUAUAAUCACCAUCUAUGUACUGUAUUAUUCUGUACUGUACUAUCCUGUGAUGUCCUUUUAAUGUGGUGCCAACUGUGGUUUUAAUGUGUCACCUAUGUACAAGCUCCCUCACUCUAUUUUGCAGUACUAUUAGCAUACUUCACCCCACAGAGUACAAUGUAGCGACGACAUCAAAACUCCAGCAUCGUAUUAAGAUCAUCCAUCAUCACCGAUUGCAGAGUUGUAUGUGCUGCUUGGCUUAAAGGACUUUUUAAGGUGCUGUUGUAGCCGCACUUGGUGCUUCUCAUGUGUUACCAUUACAUUCAAGUCACAGAGCUAAGCAUCCAAUUACAUAAAAGAUGAAUACACAGAGAUCUUUGAAAAACCCAGAAGGUUGUUUAACAAAACAGGUCUUACAGGUCUUUCCAGUAUCUUCAAAGACUCUUCUACGUUCAAAAUAUUCUGUCCGCUGCACAAUAAAAACGGUUUCUAAAGUUAACUUUUUCCUAAUCCAGGUAGGCGGAAUGAUAUGUUUUUGCCCUUCUUGAAAAACAGCUAAAUAUUAGCGCAUUAUUUGUUUGUAAAUAUAAAAUACUGGAAAGAACCAUCAAUAUAUAACAGUAUAACAAAUGUUUUGAGUUUGGUUCACAUACAAAUUGAGCAAAGAGAGAGGUCAUUUUGGGCUGUUUGGAUUAGGAAAGAGGCACAACUUGGGAAACUGUUUAAAAAUCUUUUUUUUUAGUUUUGCUAACUGGGUUUUUUUUUAAAGAUCAUCAGGUAUUUAUUUUUCAGAAGAUCUGAUGCUCAGUUCUGUGACUCAAAUGUAAUGGUAAUUCAUGAGAGGCACCAACUGGGACUAGUGCUGUUAUGGGAAUCACUGACACUGUCACAAUCACUUACACACGGGUAAAUUCAACCCACCAAUUAAGUGAAAUUGAAUAAUUACUCAAUCAAUAUCACUGUACAUGUUAAAUAGGUUUGUACAAGUUUGUGUUUGGUGAUUCCCCUCCAGAAAUUUACCAUUUCAUAUUUCCUUUUCAAGACUAAUUGUUUACCUUUGGUAAACAUGAGCUGUUUUUGUGUAAUUAGUUAUUGAGUUAUGUUUGUUAAAAUUGUCGUUCUGUUCUUUAUUUUUCAAUUGACUCACUUCCCUGAUGAAAACAUGUUUUAACAUUGAAGUUUGUAAUGGCUUGUGGAGAUAAAUCUUAGGUCAGUCUCUCCCUUAGUCUUAGGAUAGGAUAGUGACCCAAAUAAAAGAAACUAUUUUCUGUAUUAAUAUACUUUGGUUUACUCUUAAACACUAACAUAUGACCAAAGAACACUGUGUUUACCUUCUCAAUGGUGUCUAUGGAAGGCUAACAUGGCAAUAGUGGGAUUUAGAACUGCAGGAUGUUUGACAAAAAAAAUGUAUGUGGGGGUUAUUUGGCCACAAUAUACCAGUAUUAUGUAAUUAUUCCAAUGCAUUUAAAGACCGGUCUAUCCUGAGUUUCUUUAUGGAGUAGGAAUUAAGAUGAUGAGGUGCACAUAUCAGGGUACAUCAUUAAUAUUCAUCACUGUCAGCUUGUUCACUUGUCAGUUGGAUACAGGAAAACAAGCCAACAAGUAAUGAAUACUCAUCCCAAACCGUAUGGCAGUCAAAUUUUUUUAUCUGCAUUCUUAAAACCACAAAGUGUUUUUGUUGAACAUUCACAAGUAAUUAUUAAACGAGUUCAUCUUUGAUUUGUGCAAAAUAAAUCACUUUUUGUAUUAAACACUGCCAACACAUUUGCCAAAAUUGUUUUCUUAUAUUUGAAAGCUAUUAAAAAUAAAUGUACUCAAAAAGAAAA